CCGGGCUCACCCGUUGGCGCCCCGUCGCCGCACUUCGGUCUCCUCUGGUGCCCGCCGCCACAUUUCCGCCUCUUCCCGUGGUCCCUAGCUCCCCCACCCCCAACUGCUGGAGACCCAAAGCCCCCCGGAGCUAGUCAAGAUGUCAGACGCGGCAGGAAAUCUCAAUAGCCUCCGCCUGGCCAAUGUGGCACUGCGAGAGGAGUUAAAUGCCCUUCGCGGAGAGAAUGCCCAUCUGGGCCUGCAGCUGGGAAGAGCAUUAGCUGAGGUUAAUUCCUUGCGGGGCAAUGUCUCUACCUACAUCCGCUGGCCGGUGCCCAUAGUACCCGUCCUUACUGAGGAGAACUUUGAGUUCCCGCUCACUGAGACCGAUCCCACUCCGGAGGAAGAGGUGCCCUUCUUAUGCUGGCCUCCUCCGCGCACGGAUCCCGAGUAUGUCUCAGAUGAUCUUUUGAUUAACGUGGUCCAGGACUACACCAACCUGGAUGAGUCCACUGACCCUCCUCUGUCGUCCAGCCCGCCCCCGCUGGAGCUGCCCUCCCCCGCGUCAAAGGAGCCACCUCCACAGCCCCUUCUGCCACCGCUGGAGAGGCCUGACAUAGAGCCCUUUUCAGGCGACCCAGUCUACCUGGCUGAAUUUCUGAUGCAGUUAGAGACUUUAAUAGCAGACCAUGAAGAUCAUUUCCCAGGGGAUGCGGAACGGGUGGCCUUUCUGAUCUCCUUUUUCACAGGAGAAGCUAGAGAGUGGGCUAUCUCAGUCACCCAGGAAGGAAGCUCCUUGCAUGCCAACUUCCCGCGCUUCCUGGAUGAAAUCCGUAAGGAAUUCUGUGGCCCCAUCCCCCCACGGGUAGCUAAAAAGGCCAUCCGCAAGCUCAAGCAGGGAGACUGUACCCUGAGUAGCUAUGCAGAUGCUUUUCAGUUUCUGGCCCAAUUCUUGUCUUGGGAUGACUGCCGCCUCCAAAACCAAUUCCUCAAAGGCCUGUCGGAAUUCUUCCAAAAGGAACUCUUAUGGUCAACUGAAAUGGCAGACCUGGAUGAGCUGAUUCUUGAGUGUGUGGAGAUAGAAAAAAAAGUGCGUGCCCCCAAGCCAGUGCACCCACUCCCUGGGAUUCAAAAUGCCUUCUUCCCUUUUGCUGAAAAUCCCAAUGAGGAUGAAAAUGAAGCUAUAGAGUGCUACAGUGAGGAUGAGGAUGAAGAGGCAGGCAGACACAGACUAUACCUGAAUGACCAGAGGAAGCACAUGAAGGCUUUCCCACAAGAGAUGAGGGAGGAGGAAGAUGAGGAGGAAGAAGAGAUGGAUGAUGAUGAGGAGGAUGAGGAUGAAGAUGAGGAUGAUGAGGAUGAUGAUGAGGAUGAUGAAGAGGAAGAUGAAGAAGAAGACAAGGAGGAAGAGGAGGAGAUGAAACAGAAUGAUGAGAUGAAGAAUGAGGAUGAUGAUGAGAAUAAGGAUGAAGAAGAUGAAGUUGAGGUUAGGGUCCAGGAGCCAGAGCAGGAGCAAGGGAGGGAGGAGAUCCAGCACGAGCAUGUUUAUGUGCAUGACCACACGCACACACAUAUGCAUGCACACAUGCAUGCACAUGCUGCCCACCACCAUGGCCUACAUGAGGAGCUGAUAGAGAUGGAAGAACCUAUCCUUGUUGACACUUCAACUCAAACAAUUAGCUCUGGCUAUCAUGCUGAGAAUUUCCUGGGCCUAUCGCCUCCCAUAAUACAUUCGAGCAGAAGGAGGAACCAGAAUCGAGUCCCACUUCUGGAGGGCCUUCCAGGUACCAAUUCACCCUUCUACAGCUCACCACCACUGAUUCACCAUGCAGGUCGCUUGGGGCAACGCCAAAUUCGAAGACAUCCCCCGGUGCUAUUCCGUCUUACUCCUAGACAGGGGGGCCACCGAGCUGCUAGAGGCCGAAUUCGCGUGUGAGUGCUGGGGUGAGUUGGCUACUGGGAACACACCCUUCUACUGCGUCCCUUGCCUUUGCUAUUGCUGCCCUACCUGCCCCAUCUACUGACCAGUCCUUAAGAGAGUUCCAGACCUGCAGAACCUGAAGAAGACCUGCAGAAUUCCAGACUAUCUUGUAACCAUGACUAGAGAGUGAAAUAUGCCUGACCAAGGCUACCUGGGAAAGGAGAGGUCAGUGACAGCUGCCCUCUUUCCAUGUAUUCUGCUCCGCACAAGGUGGACAUCAAGUUUCUGGGCCUGUUCCUGUAAAUGCACUGGUCACCCUUGUGUUCCCCUCUAGUUGUUCUUAGCCCUCGCCUCUCCUGUGUUUCUUUGCCCUGUGUUCAACAGUUUUAUCCUGACUGGUUCAUCAGAACUUCACCCAAUGCCUCACUGAUCUGCCCCAAUGAUCAAAAGGACAGGCUGCAUUGAACUCCUAAUGCCACUGAGGCCACUUACUAGCCAGCAGGCAGGACAGCACCAAGAAAUGUACCUAGAAGCUAAACUUGUUUCCUGCCAUAUUUCCAGCAGAAGGUCCUGGAAGAAGAGCCCACCCAUAGUGCUGUGAGAGUUUGCAAAGCCACAUGUGCAAUGGACAGCUUGACUGAGAUUUAUUCUUGACUGAUGGUGGCAAGCUGACUCCACUUUCAGUGCUUGAGUUUACUUUCCCUCAGACUCCUGCACCAGGGCCCUUGAAUAGGCUUGGGCAAAUCUGGCCUAGAUGUUGCCUAAAGGGCUAGCAUUUGGGGGAGCUGGGGAGACAGAGGUGGCAGCAACAGCACAAUUCAAUUUGACAUCCUAAGGAGUGACUCUUGCCUUAGGGACAGGUGCUUCCUCCCCCUGCCAGGUCUUAAACUGCAGCCCCCAGCCAAAGGAUUCUGAGCAGACUCUAUCCUCAAGGCUGUGGAGGUGACCUCGCUGGCCUGUUCAACUCCCUCUGACUCAAAGGAGUCCUCAGUUCUGAGAGGAGAAAAGAGGGCUGAUUUUCCAGAGACUGCGCCCAUUGCAGCCUUGCUGCCCAGCUCUUUCAUGGCUCUCACGUGGGGGUCAGCCUGAGGCCUGCAGUGGCACUUCAAUUAGACAGUGAGGCUUAAGGGGUAACUGCCUCCUAGACACUCUUGGGGCUACUGGGUACAAACUCAGUUGCCUUUCUGAAGAGACCUGUUGCUCACUUUGGGUCAAGUAAACACUGCUUCUACAGUGAAAACCACACAUGGACUAGGCCACAAAAUGGCAGCGAAAUUCACUACUGGCCCAACUUGCCCCUGGGUGCUGAACACAGUGCCUGGCAGCUGGGCAAAUGUAGCCCAAGUGUCUGGCCAGAAGAAGAAAACAGUAAAUGGAGGCUUUUUUUUUUCACGGGAGUCUGAAGAUAGGAGCCCAGCCCUAGGAUUUGGGCCUAAAAGUAGAGGAAGGAACUGGAGGAAGAGGAGUCACAGAGAGACCUAGUCCUCAGACUGGUUUAGGGUGAGAUCUCUAUUCAUCAGCAGGAGCUUAUUUCCUCAGGAGAGAGUCCAGAAGGGAAACUGCUAUUCUCUGAGGCUGUGGACCCUGUUUGCUGAUGUCAACGUGCUGGUCCUGCUGCCCAUGUGCUUUGGAGAAGUGCAGAGGACAGGUGCCUUGCACGCCCAUUUUCAGGGACCCGCAGCACAGGCCCUGCCUGUUCCCAUGGUACUCACUCUGAACCUCAGCCAGGGAGAAAGCACAUGAGCAGUGAGCUAGUUUCCAGGCCUCUGGGGGCAGAGGGGGCUUGGGUUUCCUUUUGACCUUCUCCCUCCUUUCCUAGAUCUUCAAUAUUUGCUGUGAUGUGACAGCUAUAGGAGCUGUCUGAGGCUUUGGGUGCCUCCUUGGGUCAAGGGGGGUGGGGGGUGGGGGGCAAUGCAUGCUGGGUAUGGGAGUAGCCCAAGGAUGCCCAGAGACUCCAGAGAAACCCCCUUUGAAACAAAUGUGUUACUGUUAUUACUGUGGUAUUAUGUGUUAUGAAGAUAAGAAAUUGCUCUGUACGCUAAAAGCUUUCUCUCCUCAAUAAAAAAACAUAAAG